UCAAAUUACCUCCCUUUACGGAGUUCUCUUGUAGAGAAACAAAUUAAAAACAGGAGGGAAAAUGUAAACAAUUGCAGACAACAAUGUUAUUUUGCGAAUUUCUUCAUGUUUUAUAUUCAAGCAUAAUGGGAAAUGGAUAAAUUUUUCACAGUGAUGUUAGCCUACACUUAUAUAUAUGGUUAAGUUGGUGUGAUUUGCUCAUAUUUUGAAAAUAUUGUCAGAACAAUGGAACUGUGUCUGUACUAAUUAAGACAGUGUAUUUUAUAGUUUAUUUUGCUUACCGUAACUAACUUUUUUAAUGUAUUUAUUUAUAUAAUCUUCGAAUAAUUGUUAUAAAAUGUGUAGCAUAAAAGAUUUCGUAGACAAUUGUGACAACUGCAGUGACGACAGGUAUUUUUGAAAAUGCUUCCAUUGGAAAAAGAGACAUGUAAAAAUUUUUGUCAGAAAUUUCUUUACUUAAAUCUGACAUUACAUUGUACGUCACAACUGAGGAUCUGUGAUAUUCAUAGAAAUAUUAUCAUCGAAACAACUAACAAGAGAUAUAGAAGGAAAGAUUGUGGUGUGCCUUCAGUAAAUGUCAUUUUGAAAUAUCAUAAUACUACAAAAGCAGUGGAUCGACAUGUUACACCCGAGAUGUUUCAAAGAAUUGUUACAAAGACAGGCAUUUUCAUUGCUAUUGGAACAUCAAUUUGUAGACUGUGUAGAGAAAAACUAUUUGGAAAUAACAGUAUUGAGCAUGUUGAGGAGGAGAACACUAUUGAGACAAAUACAAAGAACAAGAUUGCAGAAGCUGAAAUACUACCACCUUAAAGAAAGAGGGCACUUGAUAAAGUACCAGGGAAGCGUUACAGGGUGAAGGUUGUUGACACAAUCCUUGAUUUAGAUGUAACCAAGAAUAAAGAAACAAUAACCAA